GGUAGAUCCAGUCAGUCUACCCAUCCUACCUCAUCCUACAACAAGCAACGUCCUCUUCGCCUCCCCCUCUCCUCUACCAAAACCCUUCGUCGUCGGGCAGACGAAGAGGUAUCUCACCCCACCAUGGCCUCUCGCUCCACCGCCCCGCGGAUCAAGAACCGAGCACCAGCGCCCAUCCAGAUCUCCGCGGAGCAGAUUCUCCGUGAAGCCCACGAGCGGCAGGAGCAACCUCUUUCCCAAACCCGUACACGCAUAGAAGACUAUGAAGAGCUGUCUGAAGUACAAGGGAGGAAGAGAAAGGAAUUUGAAGAUGUGAUUAGGAGGACUCGCUCCAAUAUCUCGGCAUGGAUGAAGUAUGCUGCUUGGGAGGCUUCGCAGGGCGAGCUGGCCAGGUCUAGAUCUGUCUUUGAGAGAGCACUCGAUGUAGAGCCAUCGAAUGUACCGCUCUGGCUACGCUACACCGAGACGGAACUCAAGAACCGCAAUGUACAGCAUGCAAGAAAUCUCUUUGACAGAGCCGUCUCGAUCCUGCCUAGAGUGGAUACCCUCUGGUACAAGUACGUGCAUCUGGAAGAGCUCCUCGGCAAUGUCAGUGGGGCGAGGCAGAUCUUCGAGCGAUGGAUGUCAUGGGAGCCGGAUGAGAAGGCUUGGGCCGCCUACGUCGGGCUAGAAGUCCGGUACAAUGAGAUGGAGCGAGCAAGCAACGUCUGGGAGCGAGCUGUGACGUGCCAUCCAGAGCCUCGGCAGUGGAUCAAGUGGGCCAAGUUCGAAGAGGACAGGGCAGCCUAUGACCGAGCUCGACAGGUCUUCACCAUGGCUCUUGAAUUCUUUGGCGAAGAUGAAGACCGGAUGGAAAAGGCGCAGACGGUGUAUACUGCCUUUGCCAAGAUGGAAACUCGCGUCAAAGAGUACGAUCGCGCUCGUGUCAUCUACAAGUAUGCCCUGGAGAGGCUUCCUCGUAGCAAGAGUAGCGGAAUCUACUCGUCUUAUACCCGCUUCGAAAAGCAAUUUGGUACCAGGGAAGGAGUAGAAGAUACAGUUCUGGGGAAGAGGAGGAUACAGUACGAGGAGGAGCUCACGUCGGGGCCUGGCGCUGCUUCCAAUUACGAUACCUGGUUCGACUAUACACGGCUAGAAGAAGAUGCCUAUCGGACACUGACGACAUCGGGCGCCUCGACAGAGUCGAAAGAAGUCCUCACAGCAAGAUCACGAGUACGAGACGUAUACGAGCGAGCAGUGGCCAAUGUCCCUCCUUCUUCGGAAAAGAGGCAUUGGAGGCGGUACAUCUUCCUCUGGCUCUCCUAUGCCCUCUUCGAAGAGAUCGACACUAAAGACUACGAUCGGGCAAGGGAAGUCUACAAAGCAGCCAUUGCCCUCGUCCCGCACAGGAGCUUCACCUUUGCCAAGCUCUGGCUCAACUUUGCCCACUUUGAAGUACGUCGGCUGGAUCUCCCCGCAGCCCGCAAAGUGCUGGGAGCGGCAAUCGGCAUGUGUCCCAAGGAGCGUCUCUUCAAGGGAUACAUCGACCUCGAGCUCUCCCUCAAGGAAUUCGACCGAGCUCGCAAAAUCUACGAGCGAGCCCUGGACUGGGAUGCCGGCAAUGCCCGAAUCUGGAUCCGAUUCGCCGAGCUGGAACGAAACCUCUACGAUGAAGAACGCGCGCGUGCCAUCUUUGACUUGGGCACACGACAAGCAGGUGUGGAUAUGCCUGAAGUGCUGUGGAAGGCAUACAUCGACUUUGAGUUUGAGGAGAGACAGUGGGACAAGGUUGAAGAGCUUUACGAGCGUCUUCUCCAACGCACAGGACAUGUCAAGGUUUGGAUCAGCUAUGCUCUGUCUCAAAUCCAGAGUGCAAUUGCUGAAGAAGAGCACGAGGAUGAAAAGGACGACGAAGACGAGGAGGAGGACCAGGAAGGCGAAGGAGCGGAGAAAGAGUCCGUCCCCCUGACAGAAUCACAGCUCCUCUUCCGUCAAGAGCGUAGAGAAAAGGCCAAGGUGCGCACUCGGGAGCUCUUCGAACGAGGUUACAAGGACCUCAAAUCCCGUGGACUGAAAGAGGAGCGCGUUGUCCUUCUUGAAGCAUGGAAGGCUUUCGAGGCACAACAUGGCGCUACAGCUGCCGAGAUCGACUCUGCUCAAGAUGCAAAUGCAAAUGCAAAUGCGAAUGCGAAUCUCAAAGCAGUCGAGGCUCGUAUGCCUCGUGUAGUCAAGAAGCGUAGAGCAGUCCAAGGAGUAAAUGCCGAAGAGGGUGGGGCCAUGGAAGAGUAUUACGAUAUGAUUUUCCCAGACGAUGAUGAAGGAAAGUCGAAGCAGAGCUUCAAAUUGUUGGCAAUGGCUCAUGCUUGGAGAGCGGCACAGCAACAGCAGCAGCAGCAGCAAGCACAGGUGCAAAUUCCGGGAGAGCAAGAGUCAGAGGGGGAAGAGGGCGAGAAAGAGGAAAUGUCGGUGGCGGAAGCAGCGGAGGCUCAUCAGGAGGAAGCUCAAGAUGUCGAAGUGGGCCCUGCAGCUCUCGACGCGGACGCGGAUGCGGACGCAGAUGUGGAUGUGGAUGCGAAUGCGGACGGUGCAGCGAACGGUAGCAGUGAUGACGACGACGACGAUGGCAACCACCUUCACCCUGGACUGGGGACAGCAGAGGAAAGGGAGCGCAAUGCCGAGGCGAUGGAUGUUGGAGAUGAAGACAUGUAAAUGUAGAGGGG